AUGGCUACUCCCCCGCCUGAGGGCGCAACCACUAUCCUGAAAGCAGACAAGCCAUUGCUACUGUCGACAGUGACUGACUUGCCUGCCAAAUCUCCUAUUAAUAGAUCGCCUGACUCUCUUCCAAAUGGCGUUUCACUUUCUGAGAAGACAGGUCUCUCUGCUGCUCCUGUAGAGAGCACAAUAGAAGCCAAAAAAGAGCCAAUCCCUUCUCCAACUCCUGUUCUGAAUGGAAACUCGGACAGUCAGUCCUCUCUCACAAACGGAGCGACUAGCUCUCAAAUCAAAACUUCAACUCCACCUGCUGAGGUCCCCGACCAGUCAAACGGUGUGAAAGAGCCUGGAGAUUCGAGCGAAAAGAAGGAAGAAACUGACGCGACAACAUCACCCCCCUCAGUCAAAUCUGAAGAGGGAGUGAAACCUGUACAGCCUUCAGCAAUGGAAGUCUCUCAGGAGAUUUCUUUGAGUGAUACGAUCGAACCCCAACAACCCGCGGACACGACUCCCGCUGUCCGUAAUCCACCACAGGAGUCAGCUCCUAUCAAAGAGUCUUCAGAGCCCACUCUCCCGCCGACAGAUGUUGAGAUGAACGACGCUCCGCUAUCUCCGACCAAAGUCUCGCGUGAACGUGAGUUGGAUUUGGAAGACGAGCCCGCUGCAAAGCGCGCCAAAGUGGACGAAGAUGUACCUAUGGGAAAUAGCAGCUUUGAGAAGGUUGAUGCUCCUGCUUCCACAGAAGCUGCACCUCCUGCUUCCACUGAGGCUACUGAGGGCAUCACUCCGUUGCAGCACAAGUUCCUUGUCAAGUGUUUAACGAAUCUUAAACGGUCUAAUGACUCACGCUUUUAUCGAGAACCUGUUGAUCCUAUAAAACUGAACAUUCCCACCUACUUCACCGUCAUCACCGAACCAAUGGAUUUGUCGACCAUCGAGAGCAAGUUGAAGAAGAAUCAAUACAACACUGUCGCGGAGGUCAUCGCAGAUGUUGACUUGAUGGCCGGAAACGCAGCCAAAUUCAAUGGCCCAGAACAUAUCGUUUCUCAAGAAGGUCAAAAGUUGAAGGCUUUGUUUCGAAAGCAACUGCAGAAGCUUCCGGGUCCUGAUGAGGUAGAAGAGAAGAAACCCAAGAAGGCCGCCCUACCUCCAAAAGAAUCUGCUUCGCGUCGUGAAUCUCGAGUUGUCGCACAGCCUGUUCCCAAGCAAACCAGCGCUUCUCCAACUUUUGCAUUGAAUCCCGAAGGUCUCCCAACCAUUCGACGCGAUUCCACAAAUCCAGACGGACGUCCGAAGCGUGCUAUUCACGCACCGAAACGUGAUUUGCUGUAUUCUGCGAAACCUAAGAAGAAGAAGUUCCAGUGGGAACUCAAGUUCUGCCAGGAGAUAUUGGACGAGGUACAUAAGCCCAAAUAUUGGGCUAUUGCCAACCCCUUCUACUACCCCGUUGACCCCGUUGCUUUGAACAUUCCUACAUAUCACAGCGUUAUCAAGAAGCCCAUGGAUCUAUCUACUAUUCAGGUCAAGUUGAAAGCCGGGCAAUAUGAGAAUGCGAAAGAAUUUGAGGCGGAUGUUCGCUUGAUGCUCAAGAACUGCUUCAAAUUCAAUAUUCCUGGAGACCCCAUCUAUCAAGCUGGACAGAAAUUCGAGGAGGUUUUCAAUUCCAAGUGGGCCACAAAGAAUCGUUGGGUUGAACAACAUGACCCAGAUAGCCACAAUCAAAGCGGAUCUUCUGAUGAAGAGAGUGAGGAAGAAGAUAGCGACAAUGAUGAGGAUCAGGAGAAGCUUCAAGCUCUUCAGCGACAAAUUGCGGAGAUGUCGAAACAAGUCGAGGCAAUCACGCAGAAGAAAAAGAAGACUCCUCCUGCAUCCAAGAAGUCCGGAAAGUCCAAAUCUGGCAAGAAGGAUUCCAAGAAGAGCAAGGGCGAUAAGAAGUCCAAGAGCAGCAGACCCGAGAAACGUCACGUCACAUAUGCGGAAAAGCAACUCAUUUCUAAUGGAAUCGGUUCUCUUCCUGAUAAGAAGAUGCAGGAGGCUCUCAAGAUUAUUCAAAACAACGUCCCAUCUCUCAAGGGUCUUGAGGAAACCGAGGUUGAGCUUGACAUUGACGAACUACCUAACGAGGUACUCGUCAUGUUGCUUAAGUUUGUGAAGAAGAACGCGCCACAAGUUGUCGAUGAUGAGGAUAUGUCUGCUCCAGUCUCGGCUGCGGUUCAGGCCAAGCCUAAGAAGAACAAGCCAAUGAGCAAGUUUGAACAAGAAGCUCAAAUCAAUAUGCUUGAGGGUAGUCUUUCUCGGUUUCAGGGUGGCAACGGUACUCGCUCACCAGAGCCUGUCAAUUCCGUUGAGGACGAUGACAGCUCUGACGGUUCUGAUGAUGAUUCUGAUGAGAGUGAGGAGGAGUAAUCGUAUUACUUCGAGCUCUACUUAUUUUUUGUUCCUUUUUAAUUUUAUUUUGACGACAAUUGGGAUCUUCUCAGUCAGUCUGUCACACUGUAUGUGUACAUACUCGUUGGUUCUUUUCAUGCUUCGCUUAGUUUUUUUCUUUUCGCUUACACGGGCGUUUUUUAAAAAGUGUCACUCGCCCGUGCCACGACUUGAUGAGGGUGUUACGCUUCUUGGAUGGGUUUCUCGGGGAUCUUUUGCGAGCGUUUUUGAGUUCUGUUCUACGUUUCUCUUAAUCUCGCAGCUUACUCAUCAGAGUCACGUCUUGUUCCUCUUUUCUAUUUUAGGGACGAGAGAAGUUGAAGGUGCGGAGCUUUGGACGUGCAAGCUGGGGACGUUGGAUGGGCGAGGCGAAAUGCCUUGAGUUGUCCUGAUGGUAUACCCUUAACACAGCUGUUACUUGUAUUAGUAUGAUUUCAAUAAUAAAAUUGUAUCAUCCACUAGC